GAUAACUUACCUUGGAUACAGUUAGGAGCAGUCUUGAGCACUCUGUAAGUGAACCAUGGAACAUACGGUAGUGAAACGGCAGAACGGCCUGUUCAACCCUAACCCAUCUCAAAUCACAAGCCCCACAAUACUUGGCUGCGGCUCAUCAUUCACCACUCACUUCAUCAAACAUUGUCAAGCAGAACGGUCACCUCAACACAGCAAAAAACAAUCACAUUUCAUCAGCACCACUUUACAGAGCUACCAAUUUAGCUACAAAUACACAGACUCUCUGUAGCCCUUUAAUUUCAUGCUUUCCGUAGUACUGAAAUGAGCCUGCCACCAUGACCGUCUUCGCACUCAUCAUCAUCAACAAGGCCGGCGGUCUCAUUUACAACCGAACCUUCCACGAAGGGGGCCUAAACAAAAUCAGCACCAACGACUAUCUCGUCCUCGCUGGUACUUUCCAUGGCGUCCACGCCAUUACAGCCCGCCUCAGCCCCAUCCCCACCCCCGGAGCAAACCGCAACUCGGCCUCAUCAGCUGGCACCAUGAUCCGGCCGGAACCACCAUCCGGAUUGGAAGUCCUAGAGUCAGAAAACUUUCGGCUGCAAUGCUUCACUACUCUGACAGGCAUCAAGUUCCUCCUCUUCACCGACACAACACAAACAAACGUCGAUUUGACCAUGCGGCGGGUCUACGAGAUGUACACAGACUAUGUCAUGAAGAACCCAUUCUACCAGUUGGAAAUGCCGGUGCGCUGCGACAUGUUUGACAGGAAGUUGUUGUCGUAUAUUAGGGAGAUCAACAACAGGUAGACAGUGUCUGCUGGUCAAGGGCUGGUGUUGGUCUGUCAAGUGUCGGAUUCAAGCAUGAGGAGUUAUCAGGCGUUCAUGGGAAACAUUAUGAGAUCCACAGUGCGAUUAGGGGAAUUACUCCGCCGUUUAAUGACAGAACAGAUCUAUUCUACAAGAAGAAGCCCUUCCGCUGGGGGCAUAACCGCUGAUUCUUUGGGAAGAGUUGAUAUCG